UUUUUUUUUUUUAUAGAUGCAUGUCAAAUUAUAAUUUAUUUGUAAAAAGAACUAAUAUUUUCAAGACGAGGAAUAUUAAACGUUCUUGUAAUUCAAGAAUAACGUUCGGACCAGAAUAACGUUCUUGUAAUUCAAAAAUUUCGACAUGGGCAUUAUAGGAAUACGAUCUGAAAUAUAAUACCAAUGUUGAAGAUCAUAUAUUAUACACAAAUAUUUCAUUUAAAUAUCUGUCACGGUUUGUGAGUCCCAAUACUCAGCAUUCUGUUCCUCUGCAUGUGCUUUGUGCCCCCUUCAGUUUAUUUCUCUUUCUAAAGUCGUCCUUCUUCUUUGUUCCUCUGAUUCCAUAAAACCACCAACACCUUUCUCUCUUAAAGUCAGACUCCCAUAAAAAUUUGUAUAAAGAUACAAAAACCCUACACAGUUUCUCAACCCUCUCUCUCUCUCUCUCUCUCUCUCUCUCUCAAGUUUUCAACCAAACAUGUCUGAUUUAAAUUCUACACCUGCUUCUUCUUCUUCUUCUUCUUCUUCUUCUUCUCUAUGGGUAUAUUCUUACCUAAAGCUUAGGUUUUUCAACCGCAUCCGACGGUUCCUACGCUCCAAAAACGCCCGCAAACGCCCUACGCCGUCGGAUCACUUCGACACGUCAUCAAGACCCCCCAAAGUUGUAAGCAAUAGUAACGAAGUAAUGGUACAGCAAGUCGUUAUGGAGAAGGUGAGUGGUGGUGACCAUGAUGAUUCUGUGAUGGGAUUGCAAAGGGCAGUGAAGAAGCUUCACUUUGGAAUUAGUUGGGAAGAGAAGGAGUUGGCGGCUAUGGAGAUUGGUAUGUUGGCUAAAGAAGAUGUCAAGGUGAGGAAGCUGGUGGGCGGGCUAGGUAUUAUACCGGUUUUGGUAUCCAUGGCGGCGUCCGAGGUGGUUGCUCGCCGGCGAGUGGCAGUUUUUGCCUUGAUUGAGCUUGCUAAUGGAACUUACACGAACAAGGCUCUCAUGGUGGAGGCAGGAAUCUUCUCAAAGCUACAAAACGACAUCAACAUUCUUGACGAGCCAACAAGGCACCAAUUUGCAGAGUUGCUCUUGUUGUUGUCCUCACUUGCAAAUACCCAGUUCCCUCUGUCCUCAUCAGAAAUUGUCCCAUUUCUUGUUGGCAUUAUUGAGUCAAGCACUUCAACCAUUGAAACCAAAGAGCCAUGCUUGGGAGCUUUGUUCAACCUCUCCACAAUGCUGGACAGUGCAGCCAAUUUGGUCUCUAACGGGGUGGUCGAGGCGCUCCUGAAGCUAUCCACAACCGAAGCGCUUUCUGAAAAAGCACUUGCGACGCUGGGGAACUUGGUAGUGACCCUAAUGGGGAAAAAGGCCAUGGAGAAUAGCGCGGCGGUGCCGGGGAGCUUGAUAGAGAUUUUGACAUGGGAUGAGAAGCCCAAAUGCCAGGAGCUAUCUUGCUACAUCCUAAUGAUUUUAGCUCACCAAAGCUCAGAUCAAAGGGAGAAAAUGGCCAAGUCAGGAAUUGUGCCCAUACUUCUUGAGGUGGCAUUGUUGGGAAGCUCUCUUGCUCAAAAGAGAGCACUAAAACUUUUGCAAUGGUUCAAGGAUGAGAGGCAAGCAAAGAUGGGGCCUCACUCAGGGCCCCAGACAGCUAGGGUUGCAAUUGGUUCACCUUUAAAUCAAAGGGAGGCACAACAAGGGAAGAAAGUGAUGAACAAUUUGGUGAAACAAAGUUUGUACAAGAAUAUGGAAAUGAUCACAAGGAGGGCUAGUGCUCAUGGGGACUCAUCCAACCUCAAGGCUUUGAUCAUCAGCACAAGCUCUAAAAGCUUGCCUUACUAAAUGGGGAUACACACAGCAUUCUUAACGUACUUCCUCCUCGAGUUUCAAACGCAUAGCCGCCAGAAGCAGAAUCUCGUAUUUCGUCGAGAGAACCUCUUAGUUGCUCACUGCUCAUGAACAACUAGGACAUUUUCUCAAGGGGGAAUAAAUGAAAUCCUUGAAACAAAAACAAAAACUAAAAGAAUCUGCAUCUGUUGUGCACAUAGCUUUUGACAAUUGUAGAUGUGAACAAAUCUUAUCUAGAUGAGUAAAGAUGAACCCUUGAAUGGGACACAAA